AUGGGAGAGAUGGAGCAACUGCGGCAGGAGGCGGAGCAGCUCAAGAAGCAGAUUGCAGAUGCCAGGAAAGCUUGUGCUGAUACUACUUUGGCAGAGCUGGUGUCUGGCCUAGAAGUCGUGGGAAGAGUACAGAUGAGGACCCGGAGGACGCUAAGGGGACAUCUGGCCAAGAUCUAUGCCAUGCACUGGGCCACUGACUCCAAGCUGCUAGUAAGUGCCUCACAAGAUGGGAAGCUGAUUGUGUGGGACACCUACACCACCAAUAAGGUGCAUGCUAUCCCACUGCGCUCCUCCUGGGUCAUGACCUGUGCCUAUGCCCCAUCAGGGAACUUUGUGGCAUGUGGGGGGCUAGACAACAUGUGCUCCAUCUACAGCCUCAAAUCCCGUGAGGGCAAUGUCAAGGUCAGCCGGGAGCUGUCUGCCCACACAGGUUAUCUCUCCUGCUGCCGCUUCCUAGAUGACAACAACAUUGUGACCAGUUCUGGGGACACCACGUGUGCCCUAUGGGAUAUUGAAACCGGGCAGCAGAAGACUGUGUUUGUGGGACACACGGGUGACUGCAUGAGCCUGGCUGUCUCUCCUGACUUCAAACUCUUCAUCUCGGGGGCCUGUGAUGCCAGUGCCAAGCUCUGGGAUGUACGGGAAGGGACUUGCCGUCAGACUUUCACGGGCCACGAGUCAGAUAUCAACGCCAUCUGCUUCUUCCCCAAUGGAGAGGCCAUCUGCACAGGCUCAGACGAUGCAUCCUGCCGCCUCUUCGAUCUGAGGGCAGACCAGGAGCUGACUGCCUACUCCCAUGAAAGCAUCAUCUGUGGCAUUACAUCUGUGGCCUUCUCCCUCAGUGGCCGCCUGCUUUUCGCAGGCUAUGAUGACUUCAACUGCAAUGUCUGGGAUUCCAUGAAGGGAGAACGUGUGGGCAUCCUUUCUGGCCAUGACAACAGGGUCAGCUGCCUGGGGAUCACAGCUGAUGGAAUGGCUAUGGCCACUGGUUCCUGGGACAGCUUCCUCAAGAUUUGGAACUAA